CGGACGUAGUGCGCAUGGCAGCGGAUCUGGCCCUCUAUCCAGCGCACGUCCCAAGGCACGGUUUGGGAGAAAAUCGAUUUUCGCGUGUCAAAAAUUCCAUGUAUUCGGCACAUGUCAACAUUUCAUCAUUGUUACGUUCCAUACUCCAUAGUGUUCAACGGAAUCAAAAUCACGUUAAACCUUGCCUACAACUUUUCGGACAAAAAUGCCGUGCAUUCAGCUUCAAUCAUCGGAUGGCGAAAUUUUCGACGUCGAGGUUGGGAUCGCCAAGUGUUCGCUCACCAUCAAAACAAUGAUGGAAAAUCGGGGCCUAGAGGAUGGCGGUGGUGAAGUGAUACCCCUGUCCAAUGUGGACUCCAGCAUUCUACGGAAAAUCCUGCAAUGGGCCAACUAUCACAAGGAUGAUCCAACGGAGGAAGAUUGUGACGGGGAACCGAACGACAGACGCACCGACAACAUCUGCUACUGGGACAGGAAGUUCAUGGAAGUCGAUCAGCAAACAUUGUUCAAGCUGAUGCAGGCCGUACACUAUUUGAAUAUCAGAGGACUGGUGGUGUUGACGUGUAAAACUGUUGCCAACAUGAUGAAGGGAAAGACCCAGGAUCAGGUGAGGGGAAUGUUCAACAUCACGAAUGAUUUAACUACGAAACAGCAGGACCAAAUUCGCAGGCAACAUGAAUGGUACCAGGAAUAUGAAAGUGAUUCGGAUUAGUAAAUAAAGUAAAUGUUAAUUUUGUCCACAUAUUCAACAUUGACAGUUUUGAAUCUGUUUAUCUUGGUGUCCCUUUACAUUUUUUGUUAAAGUAAUGGAGCAACAAAUUCCAUUCCGCAUUUCGCCAAAAAUUAUAUCUAGGAAUUCUGUCACAACUGUUCCAUUUUUUUACAGACCACAAUGACCUGUUCCAUUUUUUUACAUUUAGAAGAAAUGCUUCUUAUAAUUUCUUCUGGAGUUUUUACUAACAACAUUUUGCCAAUUAGGGUAUUGACUUCCUUAUUAAGCAUGUGGCUUCUAUUUUCAUCCUACGAAAAACAAAGGAUUGAAGCGCUGUUUGUUUUUGUGGUAAUGAGAUUCGUGUUAUAUUUGUCAGUUGUAUGUCUAUUAUCUGUGACGCAUUAGUCGUCUAUUUGUCUAUGUCAUAUUGAUGAUGCUCAUAAUAAAAAGUAAUAGCAAAAUGUACAGAAUGUGUUACUUUUUUUUGGUUAUUGAAAUAUCACAAAUUGGCAACGAGGUUGGGAUUCUUCAUCCGUAGUUGUGUGAAAUAGUGUUUAGUGUUGUUAAUGUUUACUGGGAAGUGCAAAAUCGUGGUCACCAGGACGUUCGUCAGGUAAAUAUAAAAGUGUUUUUGCUUGAGCUGCAGCUAGAGCUUGUAGGAUUAAAAACUGAUGAGUAUUGAGAAUUCACCAGGGAAUUCACAUAUUGCUAUCAUUGCGGCCCCUAGAUCACGGCACUACCAUUGCCAUCUGAUAUCGCUGAAAAGGUCAAAUAAAUGCGUAUCUCCUUUGUAGAUGUAAUCGAGAAAUUCAGGUGAAAACAU